GGUUUGUGUGUCUUUAAGGCGCCGGAGUGCCUCACUCUCGCUUUGUGCUGGCGAGAAACUCACGCCAUCGGGACGGAACAUCGGUAUGAUUCCAUCCUGAGAAGCUGGGAGGAACAAAAGGGUGACGAAGGACGUAGCCUAUAUUAAUCCGAGAGAUAAUAAACGAUCCACUGUCAAGGUUGUCGGCGAUUUGUAAGGAGCAGGCGGAAUGAGGCUUCGACACGCGGUUAUUCCAGCGUCAGCCGCGCUCCUCUUCCUCGUGUCGGGAUUGUCGCUGACCGCUGCGUGCAAUAAAGCGCUCUGCGCCAGUGACGUCAGCAAGUGUCUCAUUCAGGAGCUGUGCCAGUGCAGGCCGUCGGAUGGGAACUGCUCCUGCUGUAAGGAAUGCAUGCUGUGCUUGGGCAGCCUAUGGGAGGAGUGCUGCGACUGUGUGGGAAUGUGCAAUCCCAAGAACUAUAGUGACACCCCAGCCACCUCCAAGAGCACGGUGGAGGAGCUGCAUCGGCCAAUCCCAUCCCUGUUCCGAGCACUCACCGAGGGCGACGCCCCCAUCAAUAUGAUGGUGGUGUCCUUCCCCGUGGCCGAGGAGCUAUCGCACCACGAGAACCUUGUCUCCUUCCUGGAGACGCUGGACGACCAGCACCAGAACGUGUCGCUGCCCGGCAACAGCAUCCAUGCCAGCUACGACAGCACUCGAGAUCACCUGUGCACAGUGGUGUACUUCGACGACUGCGUGUCUAUCCGUCAGUGCAAGCUGUACUGCGAGUCCAUGGGCGGAUCCAAGUACCGCUGGUUCCACAACGCCUGCUGCGAGUGCAUUGGGCCUGAAUGCCUGGACUAUGGCAGCAAAGCCGUCAAGUGCAUGAACUGCCUCUUCUGAGGUGCGGGAGGAGGGGUGGAGCAGGGGGCGGGGUUUGCAGGUGUGAAGGGGGUAGCGGAAGACAGAAAUGGCGGGAAUGGUUGUGGACCAGCAGCAACAUGCAUAAUGUGCUUCAAUACUUCGGUGUAAAAUAUGUGCCCUUGCCAAAUCCUUUUGUAUUAU